CUUCCGUGUCCCGGAACCCAACCCCCAAAUCGCUAGCGCCGCCUCCAUCGUCGUGAUGGAUUCCUCCAAGGUCGAGACUGCCGAGAAGCCCUCCGGCUCGGUGGACCAUCCCUGCGUGGAGCGGCUCCGUCACCGGCGACUCCUCGCCUUCCUACGGGAUCAAGGCUUCCAUGGCGCCUACGCCGAGGUGACGCGGAAGACGGGCGUGCACAUGAGCCUGCGCCACCUGCGCGGCCUCGUGGAGCGGGGCCGCUGGGCGGACGCCAUCGCCUACUUGGAGCUCCACCUGCCGCCGCCGCCCCGCCCGCGGAGCUCCAACGCCGACCUCCUCCACGCCUUCCUCGUCACGCACCGCCGCUUCGCCGACGCCGUCGCCGGCCACGUCGACCCCAGCGCCCUGCCCGGCUCCUACUUCGAGCUGUGCCAUAGCGGAGACGUCGGCCACGGCGAGCUGAGGCUCCGCUCCAUCACCUUCCUCGUGCUCGGCUUCCCCCAUAUCAGGGCCGACAUGGACUGGGAGAGUGUGAGGAGCAAAGCAUCGUUUGUUGUCUGGAGGUUGGCCACAGCUACCCCGGAGCUGCAAGGCCGCAUCUCACUGCCGACCGCCGCGCCGCACCAGCUACUUCCCGUUGCUCCUCCCGGUUUGUCCCGAGGGAGGGGUCACGUCAAGAAUAAGAAACAAGAAGGCUCCCGGCCGCGACCAAAAGCUAUCAUCAGGGCCAUGAAGAGCCACCUCAUUGCGCCUGCGGAUAAAGAUAAAGUGUCUGAUGAAAAAGCACGUGAAUCGCUGGCGGAUAUCCUUGAUGAAACUUUAAAGGCUGGCAUAAUUCCCAUGGCACGUUAUCCAGUAGGGAACCAAGGAGUGUCUGGCGCUACACCCUUGCAGUUGCAGAAAGUGUUGUAAGUCCUUGGGAUCUCACCAGCAGAGAUAAAUCCAGAUGCUCCAGGCUGCCAGCACAUAUCUGCUACUUUGACAGCUGCAAAAAUGUUAGGGGCCUCGUCACCGGCAAAUGCAGCAGGUGCUCCAACCUGCCAGCCCAUAUCUGCUAUUUUGGAAGGUGCAAAAAUGUUUGGGACCUCGUCACUGACAAGUGCAGCAGGUGCUCCACCCGGCCAGCCGAUAUCUGCUACUUUGAAAGAAGUAAAAAUGUCUGGGGCCUCGUCACCGACAAACGCAGCAGGUUCUCACACCAAGAGAAAGGAUACGAGCGAUGAAGCGACUACGACCGUCGAGGAAGUGAAGCGGCAGCGGACCACAGCGGCAUUUGGUGAAGCAAGUCCGGUGGUGCCCAUGGUUGAAGCCGCGGGGAACGGGAUCAAGUCGAUCGGUGUCUCUUCUGGGUGAAACCAAGACAAGUCCGGUCCGUAAACUGCCCCUGCUGCUGUGGGAUCGUUUGGGCUGCUGAUCAUGUUACCUGCUCGAGACUUGCAAGUCCCAUAGAACUUCUACAAUAAUGUUUCGUAAUGAUGCAACUAUAUAUGCUACUACCAACUAUACUACUGCUUGUGCUAGAACUACUAUCGAUUAUGUAUGCCAGUGAACUAGUCAGAUUUGUUGUGACAUGUGAGCUGCUGGGUGAAAUGUCUAUGGUUAUUUUUCAUCGAACAAUCUAAGACGUUUUAGAGACUUCUGUAAAGCGUCUUAUAUCUAUUUACAGAGAUAGUAAUUAUU